CAAAUCAAUCAAUAGUCAUACUCCCUUGCAAGUAUAGAGUAUAGUAGUAUCUGCUACGAUAGAAGGCGAAUCAUAAAAAGUGAUACUUUGUACUAUAACUGAAGAGUAAUCUGGAUAUCUUAAGUUAUCUUAGUCACCCCAUUGGAAAGGAGACAGAAGGACAGAUACAGUCCUUAUAUAUCAUCAUCAAUCAUUCCAUCAAGUCAUCCAUCACUUAUCAAUCCAUCAACCACUCAUUCAUAUAUAUCAUAUCCCAAUAUGCCUAGCGAUCCUGAAGAUGAUUACAUACCUUGGAUACAACAGUUUUGUGAAUCCUUUGGUCAUGAUUAUUUCGUACCCAUUGCUCAAGAAUUCAUUGAAGAUGACUUCAAUUUAACUGGUUUAUCAUCCCAAGUUCCAUAUUAUAGAGAAGCAUUAUACACCAUAUUAGAUUAUCAAGUUGAAACUGCUGAAGAUCAUAAUGAUGAUUCUACCAAUCUUAAUGGUAAUGGAUCUAAUAGUACCAAUAAUAAUAACAAUAACAAUAAUACUACCACCACCAACAAUACAUCGACAAAUACUAAUAAUAACAACUCCAAGAAACCAGAAUUACCUAAUAAAUCAUUAUUGGCCCAUUCGGCGGAAUUAUUAUAUGGUUUAAUCCAUGCUCGAUAUAUUAUAUCAAAACCAGGAUUAACCGCAAUGGCAUCUAAAUUUGAACGUAAUGAAUUUGGUUCAUGUCCAAGAUUCUAUUGUGAUGGAAUGCAUCUUAUCCCUGUCGGUUCUACUGAUAUACCAGGUCAAGAAACCGUAAGGUUAUAUUGUCCUUGUUGUAAUGAUAUUUAUAUACCAUCAAGUUCAAGAUAUCUUAAUAUUGAUGGAGCAUUCUUUGGAACUACAUUUCCAGGAUUAUUAGUAAAGAUGUUUCCUGAAAUUGAAAAUCAAUGUCGUAUUAGAAUUAAUAAAUUCAAUCAAAAUGAUUUUGGAUUAAAAUUAUUUGGAUUUAAAAUUAAUGAAUUAAGUCUUAGUGGUCCAAGAAUGAAAUGGUUAAAGAUGCAUCCAAGAUCUGAUAUAGAAAAGGAUGAAUAUGAGAAUUGUGAGUUUAGUAUCCCCGUACGAGAAAAUGGCGAUGAAGAAAAUGAAGAACAUGAAGAGCAUGAAAUAGAAGGAAAGUUAGAAGAAGAUGACGAUAAAACCAUGGCAAGUGAGUAGUAAUCGUAUACUGCUGUCAUUCAUUCAUUCAUUCAUUCACAUACACAUACAUAUAUCCAUUCAUUCAUCGCUGCUACAUCUAAUCUAAUUUAAUCUCUGUAUAAUUAUCACACAACAGCUUCACAAUUUUUAUAUU